UUCAACGUCCAGGUGAGACUGCGGGAGUCAGUCAGACUCACAGCGCCUGUACAUGACACAGAACAACAACGAGCUGGCAUGUAGUUCACGGAAUUAAUCUCUUCAUCAUGAAUUCAAGUGAUAGAUUAUCAGAUGAUGAAGAAAAGAUUACUGCUUUGUCUUGGAUCUACGUCUCGACUUUGAGUUUAAGUCUCAUAGGUAGUUGUUCUGUGGUUGUGGUGUCCAUUAUAAAGAGAAGGCAUCUCAAUGAACAGGCAAAGCCUCUUCUUCAGCUGGCCCUGGCAGAUUUUCUGGCGUCACUUGUUUUGAUGUGCACCGCCAUAAUUAAUUUGCCUUAUAAAAUUUUGCCACUCAGUGAAAAGUUCUGUAACAACGGAUUGCCUUUGUCUUUGGCCUUCUACUGCGUCUCGUUUCUGCUUGUAAUCAUUUAUGCCUGUGAGUCGGCACAUGCGUUUCAAGGAUGGAGGGAAAAAGCAGAGCAGGAAGCAUUUGAAACCCAGUUAUCACGCAGAAGGAGGAGGUAUUGUCUUAUCUAUGUAAUCGCAUGGCUUGUACCAAUAAUUGGAUACCUCGUCUAUAUUAAUACCGUCAGAGUUAUGGAAGCUACUCUCACGCCAGCAAAUAAACCAGAACACAUGCCUGGCGUUACACAUGUCAGCAGAGGACCCUCCGUCAGGUUCUGUAGCAGCUGCAUUUUCUUCCUGCAUCUCACAAAUGACUCCUGCACAACAGUGGAUCCGGUUCAUGCCGAGUUCAUUCGUAUUUUCACUCUCAGCAGUGUGUUGAUCGUCAUCUUCAGCUGCACAGUGGUGUACUGUAGGUUACAUAGCUGUUAUAGGCAUUAUGAGAACACAAGCAUGUUCACAAUGUCACAGAUACAUCCAGGUGGGAUUUGGUCCUCGGCUCGAUACAUGAUCCUUGUUAUCAUUUUCUGCUGGACACCAGCUCUGGUUCUCAUCUGUCUGUCCUUCUCACAAUCUAAGAUAAACCAUCUCUUCCCUCUCUAUGUCAUACAGGCGCUGUCAGUGUCACUCCAGGGUUUUCUGAACAGUAUUGUGUAUGCAUGGAGACGACGCAAUUUCAGAGAUGCCGUGCUGGGGGAGCGUCUGCCUCUCAUGGCCAAUUCUCACAGAGCCUUCUUUGACCAAUCAUUAAAUGAGCCAUCAUGAAAUCACAGAAUGAAAAUCAUGUAAAUGUUAGUUUGUAUCCACAUACGAGUUCAGAUAUAUUUGUUUAAAUGUUUUCUAUUUAUUUAUAUACAUAUAUUUGUGAUAACUGUUGAUAGGCAAUUGUACUGCUGUCUGCAUACCAUACUUGAAAUGUAUAAAACAAUAGCUGAGCUUGAAAAAGACAAAUUAUUAGUUGAUUAUUUUUAAACCAUACUUUCACUUUAUUUACAAAAGUGGUAUUAUAUGGAAACUGUAUUUUUGAUGUAUCGGAUGUUAAACUGUGGUUUUGUUCAAUAAAUGUCUGCAUAGCCACGUGCCAGUAAUUCUAGUUCUUG